AUGGUCACGUUCAACUACCGAGCAAUCAUCUCUGCUGAGAAACCCCUGACUAUCGUCUGCGAGGCCAUCUACUCGUACGGGUACGGACAGGUUCCUCUUGAAAUACUCGAGUCGUGA